AUGAAAUUAAACAAAGUUUCUGUGCUUUUAAAAAUAAUAAUUAUUAAAAAUACGUUAUAUAUAUUUGAUAAUGUAUGUACAUCUAUAAAUGUGAAUGAUUUAGGAUAUAAAGUAACUGAUACAAUUAAUUCUUUUAAAUAUAAAAGAAACUAUGAUAAUCCUGUAGUUUUAGAUAAAAUUACAGAUACGUCUUUAGACAAGAAGGAUAAAUUAUCUUUUCAAGAAUUACGAAGAAACAGAUCAAGUGAUGACGAUGAUGAUAAUGAUGAUGACGGAGAUAAUGAUGACGACGAUGAUGAUAGCAAUAAUAAUAAUAAUAAUUACAACGAUAAUAAUAGUAUGAAUGGAUUUUAUAAUAUGGCAUCUAUACAACCUGCAGCUUUUAAUAAUAUUUCACAAAAUGGAAAUCAAAAUUUUGCUGCAAGGAUGAAACAAAAUUUUUCUAAGUAUAACCCUUUUAAAAAAUUAGGAUCAAAUGGUAAAGGCAACGUAAAUAAUACAAAUGAAAAUGUUAAUGAAGACAAUAAUGACAAUGCAGAUGAUAAUGACACCAAAAAAAAACAUAGACACAAGAAACAUAAAUCUCAAGGUACACUUUCAAAUAAUGGAAACAAUAAUAUGAAUAAUAAUAAUAAUAAUAAUAUGAAUAAUAAUAAUAUGAAUAAUAAUAAUAAUAAUAUGAUUAAUAAUAAUAUGAAUAAUAAUAAUAUGAAUAAUAAUAGUAUGAAUAAUAAUAAUAAUAAUAUGAUUAAUAAUAAUAUGAAUAACAAUAUGAAUAAUAACAACAUUAGCAAUAACAAUAAUAACAUUAACAAUAAUGUAAAUAAUAAUUUAAACAAUAAUAUGAAUGCUAGUAAUAUUCUUCUUGGUGCUUCUGCAUUAACAGGUGCCGCUGUCAGCGGACAAAAUCAAAAUGUUAUUAACAAUAAUCAAAAUGUUGUUAAUAAUAAUCCAAAUAAUGUAACUAUUCAAAAUUCUAAUAUGCUAAACAAUAGUUCUUCAAUUUAUUCCAAUUUAUUUGAAAUUAAUAAUAAAUUUAAUACAAGUGAAAUGAUUUGUAGUUCUAUUAACUGUACUUCUAUAAAUAGCCAAAAUAAUGAUAAGAUACCCCUAACUGAUUGCUCAAAUGUAUUAUAUUGUGGCAACUGUGCAAUUUCAAGUAGUCCAAAAGAUCAAUGUGCAAGUAUAAAAACAUUAAAUGUUGAUAAUAAUUAUAUAGCAUCAGGAUAUGUCGAUUCCUUACAGCUCCUCAAUAAAAACAAUUUAAUAAACAUACCUUUUACAUGGGACAAAACAACAUUGGACUUUUCAAAAUGUUUACCUGAUUUUAAUAAAUUUAAAUUGGCUACCAAAGAUUUACCAAACAAAGAUAAAAAUGAGGUAUCAAAACGUUUGUUUAGGUUAGCAAAUUUAUAUUUAUACGCAACAAAAUUUGUGGAAGACAAUAACAAUAAUCCGUUAAAAAUAUCGAUAAAUUUUAACAAUAUCAAUAUGGAUUCAUUAAAACCAACUGAACAGUUAGCUAAUGAAUGUAAUUCUUUAUUGCCAUGCCCUUUAAAUAUUGCAGAAAUUAAAACAUAUAAUAUACACGCAACCCAGAGUUUGGCAUUUUAUCAGCGAUUAUUUAUUCCUGAAAUAUAUAAUGCUCUAAAUACGUCAAAUAUUAUGAUUAACAUAACUAGCGACUCUGGUUAUAAUGUGGCAAAUUACUUUUUUUAUGUAAAAAUUGAUUGUGCCAAAACGAAUGACAUUAUAGAAAAUGAAAUAUAUCCCACAGCUACAUUACCACAAACAAAUCAACAAACAAAUCAACAAACAAAUCAACAAUCAACUCAACAAAACAUUUCACCAACACCUAUUGAUAAUAAUCCUCAACAAAAUGAAAUUAAAAAUGGUACACCAUCUAAAAAUGAUACGUCUGCACAACUGUUGAAAAGUAACAGCUCUAGUAACGAUUUUAGGAGAAGAGGAUAUAGUUAUAAAAAUAGUUCACAUUCUAUUAUUUUCAUAUUUUUUAUAAUUACAUAUAUAUUAUUUUUAUAA